GGAGGUGAAAACUCAACAUGGGGACAAGGAAUUACCUUUGGCGAUUAAUUUUCUCUUUUAUUCUAGUGACUUUUAAUGAAGGGCUGGCCAGGAGCGAUGCGACCAGCCCCACCUUCCCGACCACCACAAAGACCAACGCCGCUGCCACCAGCAUGGCCACAACGAGUGGCAGCGCUGCCUCCGUGUCUCUGGGGCCCAGCUCGGCAGCGACGAGCCACUUCUCCUCCUCUCCUGCGCGCUCCUCACCUGCCACUCCCAGCCCGCAGCCCAGCAGCUCCAGCGGCACCACUCAGCAAGCCUUGGCCGCCACAUCCCACCCAUCCACGCUACUGGCGUCCUCCGCUCCGUCCUCCACUCCUGCUGGUGGGACCGGUGGGUCAGGCGCUCUGACGGUAGCAACCACGAAGCACAGCCCAGCUCCCAGCACGCCCAGCCCCGAGCCAUCGACUUCUGCCUCCGGCACGUCACCAGCUUCCGGCACGACUGAGGCCGGCCUUUAG